AUAGCGACGAGACUUCUGGUCUCGAACUUGACCAGAAUGAGCGCCACUUUCUCGAUCUCUGCCCUUCAAAAAUUGGAUACUUCCAUCACCCAGUGCCAAGCCCUUAUCCUCGCCCCUACCCGCGAGUUGGCUCAGCAGAUCCAGAAGGUCGUCAUUGCCCUUGGUGACUUUAUGAAGAUUCAAUGCCACGCCUGCAUUGGUGGUACCAAUGUUCGUGAGGAUAUGAAGAUGUUUAUCCUUGACGAGGCUGAUGAGAUGUUGUCCCGUGGUUUCAAGGAUCAGAUCUAUGACGUUUUCCAGCGUCUUCCCCCUAGCACUCAGGUUGUCCUUUUGUCUGCUACCAUGCCCACUGAGGUCAUGGAGGUUACCACCAAGUUCAUGCGUGAUCCCAUCCGUAUUUUGGUCAAGAAGGACGAGUUGACCCUCGAGGGUAUCAAGCAGUUUUACGUUGCAGUUGAGAAGGAGGAAUGGAAACUCGACACUUUGUGCGAUCUUUACGAAACCGUCACUAUCACUCAGGCUGUCAUCUUCUGCAACACUCGCAGAAAGGUCGACUGGUUGACCGAAAAACUCACUGCCCGUGAGUUCACUGUGUCAGCCAUGCACGGAGACAUGGAACAGCAACAGCGUGAGGUCAUCAUGAAGGAGUUCCGCUCAGGUUCUUCUCGUGUAUUGAUUGCCACUGAUUUGUUGGCUCGUGGUAUCGAUGUCCAACAGGUCUCUUUGGUCAUCAAUUACGAUCUUCCCUCUAACAAGGAGAACUACAUUCAUCGUAUCGGUCGUGGUGGUCGUUUCGGUCGUAAGGGUGUUGCUAUUAACUUUGUUACCGCUGAUGACACUCGUAUGCUCCGUGAGAUUGAGCAAUUCUACUCUACUCAGAUCCUUGAGAUGCCCAUGAACGUCGCUGAUCUUAUUUAAAAUAAUCGCGAUGUUGUGUGUGGAAAAGAGAAGAAAAAACUAAAGAAAAGAGGGGGCCUGCUUUUCUUUUUUUUUUUGCCUUUUUUUUCUUUUUCAACGAAAACGUAAUAAUGUAUGUCUCUCAUUAGGAAAAAGAAAUAAAUCAAUACAUCUUUUGCAUUCUUAUCUUUUGAACAUUGUGUACUGAACCAUGUUAUGAUUAAUAUAAAGCAAUGUGGUUGUUUGCUAACAGC